CAGGGUAUUAAAAUUACAAAUGGAACAAUCCUGAUUGGUUAACCUCCCACCAUUCCGCCUUUCCGAUUCCGUUUUCCUAGUGUCAUGGCGCAGCACUGAGCAUCUUGUUCUUUCUUUAACACGCCAAGAUGUCGAAGAGAGGACGUGGUGGUUCCGCAGGAGCCAAAUUUAGGAUAUCUCUGGGUUUGCCUGUUGGAGCUGUUAUUAACUGUGCAGACAACACUGGAGCAAAGAAUUUACAUGUUAUAGCUGUACAAGGUGUUAAAGGUAGAUUAAACCGUAUGCCUGCAGCUGGCUCAGGGGAUAUGAUCGUAGCCACUGUCAAGAAAGGAAAACCUGAACUCAGGAAAAAGGUUAUGCCGGCAGUGGUCAUCCGGCAACGGAAACCAUUCCGCAGGAAGGAUGGAGUCUUCAUAUACUUUGAGGACAAUGCAGGAGUAAUUGUUAAUAACAAGGGUGAAAUGAAAGGUUCUGCCAUCACAGGUCCAGUCGCUAAGGAGUGUGCAGAUCUGUGGCCAAGAAUCGCCUCCAAUGCCAGCAGUAUCGCGUAAACUCAUACACCGCCAUCCUGUAUAAAUCUAUUGUUCUCAAUAAAACAAACGUGGGCUUCAUUGA